CAGGUGAUUGUUCUCCUGUCAGCUCUCAGGACUCUCUCUCUCUCCCUCUUUUUCUAUCUCUCUCCAAAUAUGACUCUGUUUCCCCGCACAGUGAACCACAGCCCCUCUCACAUGCCUGCAUGCUUACACCACUGAAUCCUACAGGAAGGAAGAAUUAAAGCAAUGCAUCUGUGGCCAGUUUCCACUUCAAAAUCUUCAGUGAAAACUUCCUCCUACAUGUUACUCUUGGAGUCUGAGAGUGUUUGAGGACACAGACCUUGAACAAAGAACCCUGGUUGCUUGCUUGCUGCUGCUGCUGGUGGUGGUGGAGAGGGCUGGGUUUGCUCUCCAGACUGCACACAGCUUUUUAGACGACGAAAGGAGGAGCAGGAGUGGACACAAGGCUGGGGCAGCUCGAGCCUGCUGUGAUCCUCCCGGCGUCCUGACGUCAAUUUAUAAGGACCAAGCAGUGCCGGGGAGCAGACACAGAACAAGACAGAGAGAGAAGCCGGUCCGGACCAUGUUGUUGUAAUGUCCCCCUGACACUGCUGGGCUUUCUGUGACUGAACACGGCCUGAGCCGAAGACCAGGAGGGAGAGAUUGUAUGCGUGUAUGCAGACAUGGGGAAGGACUACUACAAGACUCUAGGGAUCCCCAAGGGCUCCAACGAGGAGGAGAUCAAGAAGGCGUACCGGCGCAUGGCCCUGCGUUUCCACCCGGACAAGAAUAAGGAUGCCAACGCUGAGGAGAAGUUCAAGGAGAUCGCAGAGGCCUAUGAGGUGCUCAGCGACCCCAAGAAGAGGGUGGUCUAUGAUCAGCUGGGAGAGGAAGGUUUGAAGACAGGAGGAAGCAGCUCUUCUGGUGCUCCUGGUAGCUCCUCAUACCACUACACCUUCCAUGGAGACCCCCACGCCACUUUCGCCUCCUUUUUUGGGGGCUCCAACCCUUUCGAUAUGUUCUUUGGUUCCAACCGUGGCCACGGCCGCUCCAACGGGUUCUCCUUCCACAACGACCAUGACAAUGAGCAGGACAUGGAUGUGGAUGAGGAUGACCCCUUCACUCAUUUUGGGAGACAGUUUGGCUUUCCAGGCGGGAUGAAUAACGGCUUCCCAGGAGAAGGGCGCAGGAGAAGAGGGGCGCCAUCAGAGCGCCUGGGCACCGGGCGGAAGCAGCAGGACCCUCCAGUGGUCCAUGAGCUGAAGGUCUCCCUGGAGGAGAUCUUCCACGGCUGCACGAAGCGCAUGAAGAUCACCCGGCGUAGGCUGAACCCAGAUGGCCGGAGCAUGAGGACAGAGGACAAGAUCCUCAACAUCAUCAUCAAGAAGGGCUGGAAAGAGGGGACCAAGAUCACCUUCCCGAAGGAAGGGGACGAAACCCCAGAGAACAUUCCUGCUGACAUAGCCUUUGUGCUUAAAGACAAAGGACACGCCCACUUCAAAAGAGACGGUUCCAAUAUCAUAUUUAACUGCAAGAUCAAUCUAAAAGAGGCGUUGUGUGGCUGCACAGUUAGCAUUCCCACGCUGGACAACCGCAUCAUUUCAUUACCCUGUCAUGACAUCAUCAAGCCAGGGACGGUGAAGCGAGUCAGAGGGGAAGGCCUGCCUUUCCCGAAGAACCCAUCACAGCGCGGUGACCUCAUCGUGGAGUUUUCUGUCCGCUUUCCCGACAGGAUCCCUCCUCAAUCCAGAGAGAUCAUCAGACAACAUCUCCCCCAGUCAUAAGAAGACUCAUCAGCCCCAUAACACACUACAGACUACAAAGGCCCAAACCAAGAAAACCAAGCUCUCCUUCAUCUGAAGUUUUUUACAUUAUUUGAAUCUAAGUCCACAUGCUCUGUGUGAAGGCACAGCAUUAUACAGACACUGGUGUUUGUAGGGCCGUCUAGGGGGGAGGAUGAGGCUGGAAUUCCAACAUGAAUGGCAGUAUCAGGAUGUUGUUAUCUUAGUUAAGGCCACAUUAUACACACACACAAACACACACAUUCGCACACACGAGCGUCCGUGCAGGGGAGCAGUGCUGAGGAUGGGCUCAGCACAGUCAUGGCUUUUACCCAAUGGUCUUUCUUAACUCUGUUUUUUACGGAUUUAUCAGUGGUUUUAUAUUCUGUCCAACUCUCUGAUCCUCGUCUUUUUGUGAUAGGAUGAAGCCUGAGAUAUUUUUUAAAAGAGGCUUUUUCCCAGGAUUUUUCUUUUACAAAGGAAGUUCAAAUAGGAUUAUUUAUUUUAUCCUUGAGUGUACCAGCAGCUUCAGUUUGUUUAGAGCAAACCCCGGUUUUAACAUAACCCCCUCCUCCUGCUGUUCUCAUGCUUUCAGUCUGAUUGAGUGUGAUGCUUGAAGUCUGCAGGCUGGUCAUUGUUUAAUAAGAUCUGUCCCCUAAAAAUUAGUCGUUUUCAGAUGUGUGCAUUGCCAUAGCGCACUUAGAGUCCUGCAUCACUCCAAAUAAUAUCUCAGCUACAUUGGAAAAUCUGGGAAUGACAAUCACACACUAACAGCUGUGUAAGCUUGGAUAAUACAAUCUGCACAUUGUAUGGGUGCUUUCUCUUCUGGGCUGUGAAGCUGCUUUACACUGAACAGCCUAGCUCGCCAUAUGAGGGACAUUAAGGUGCCUUAGCCCAGUGGCAUACCACACAUGUGAACAUACACACAGGUCACACUGUUAUACAGAAAACCAGCCAUAAAAAAUGCACAAUUUACAAUGCCCUAUGCUGUGUUAGACAUUACCUUUGGGAUCUGGUGAACCACUCUAAGUAAGCAAUACAACUUUGAAAGUUGUAACACAUGUAAGCAAAGACAUUUUUAACAAAACUGAUGCAUUUUGCCAGUUCAUCCCUGUAAAGUGCCGUACAAGUACUGACUGGAUUUCCCAGAGGAUCUACCUUAAUUUAAAGUCUUAGGUAAAAAGUUGAGAUUUCUCUGGGAAACCCAGCUCUGUUGUAUAUUCUGCUUUCUCCUGUGCUAUGUGAAGGCAACGUCUCGGUGCUACUGUUAGCAGUGCCAAAAAUAGACCCUCUGAGGAUCUACUUUUAGGUUUCAUGAGCCCUCAGUUUGUGAUUUGAUGACUGCAUAGGUCAUACGUAACAUCUGUACAUCCAACCACCCAUCUGUUUUUUCAAGUAGGAAACCCUGUUUGAGCAGGUUUUAUAUAAUUGCAGCUGCUCUUCUGUGUGUCAGCUGCAGGGGGCUCUAAAGCUCUCUUCAGCUCUUCCAACUGUAGUUUACAGCAAUGAUAUGAUGUAUGUAUGAGUGUGGUUUAUGCAGACAGCCCGAAGGGUCAUAUAUAUAUUAUAUGUAUGGAUAAAUGUUUGAAUGCAAAAAUGUUGAUAAAAGCACUUUUAUGUCAUAGAGGACACCGACAGAAGCUAUGAGACGGCGGGACAGACUUGAAUGACUUGUCUCUGAGUGAGGGAGCGUCCUGCCUCUCGGAGAUGAAGGGGACGCUGGAGCGUGGUUAAAACCAGAAUGCACAUGUGCUGCUGCUGAAAGACUGACACUGCUUCUGUGCAUUUAAACAAAUUUAUGAUCUUUUGGAAAUGAAAACAAAUAAACCAAAUGUGUGAAGUUAA